GUUUGAGACAACAGAAAGAUUUGGCGAGUCAGUGUAUGUCGCACAUUGAUGACGCAGUGCUAGCUGGGAGCUACGUUAGCUGUUUGGCAUCAUAUAUUUGAUCCGCAGACUGAUUUUCCAAGAUAAGAAAGGAGAUGUCGUCUUUGUGUGGCACCAGCAACAGUUGUCAAGAUGUAGGUCAACAGCUAGCUGAGAAACAGGAGAAGGAGCAUCCUCGUCUUCUCAUCCCCGAGUUAUGCCGACUCUUCUACCAGCUGGGAUGGGUGACGGGGACAGGCGGAGGCAUCAGCCUGAGACGAGGAGAGCAGAUCUACGUCGCACCAUCAGGCGUCCAGAAAGAGAGACUACAGCCCGAAGACAUGUUUGUGUGUGACAUGGGAGAGAGGGACAUCAGCUGUCCACCUGCCUGGAAGAAUUUAAGGAAGAGCCAGUGUACACCGCUUUUUAUGAAUGCCUAUAUAAUGAGAGGGGCACAGGCAGUAAUACACACCCACUCCAAGGCUGCUGUCAUGGCAACACUGCUGUAUCCCGGCAAAGAGUUCAGGAUAACACACCAGGAGAUGAUCAAGGGGAUUCGUAAGGGCACCUCAGGCACCAACUAUCGGUAUGAUGACAGCCUGGUCGUGCCUAUUGUUGAAAAUACAGCAGAGGAAAAAGACCUAAAAGACCGGAUGGCCCGGGCAAUGGAGGAAUACCCCGACUCGUGUGCCGUCCUCGUCCGCCGACACGGCGUCUAUGUCUGGGGCGAGUCGUGGGAAAAAGCUAAGACCAUGUGUGAGUGCUACGACUACCUGUUCGACAUUGCCGUCCAGAUGAAGCAGUGUGGACUGGACCCUUGUGCCCUCCCGACAGAAGAAAAGGGAAUAAUUUGAGAUUCACUGGCACUUUUUAAAGGAGACAUUUUUUGAAGAAAGAUCCAGGAGUGAAGGAGAUUGAACGCCUGUGAUCCAGAAGCACCCGGAGGUACGCUGAAAAGCACUAUGGGACAACUCUUGAAUGAGCAGCGGGCAAAUAAAGGUCUUCAGGUUCAAAUGAUUUCCUUUUCAAGUUUGACUGCACUGGAAUCAUGGGCCUGGUUCAUGUCAGGCCAGAAUACACAGUAUUGUGCCUCUCAAAUGAUCUAUGAUGGUGAUUAAAUGCCUUUGUUUGAAGUAAUAAAAACUAAUGGGAUGUA